AUGUCCACUUCAAUCCCCCACAUUUCCAACUGGAUCGACGGCGUCCAUACCACCAAUGCAUCUCACUCACGCAUUCCCGUCGUUAACCCCGCCACGGAAGCCCCCCUAGCGACCAUCGACGCGACCCCUCUUUCCACAUGCACAGAGCUCAUAACUACCUCCCUACAAACCUUCGCCACCAGCCCAUGGUGCCAGCCCUCUUCCUCCGCCGACCGCUUCACCGUCCUCUCCACAGCCGCACGGCUCCUGCGCGAACGCAUCCCGGAAUUCGUCACGCUCGAGACCCAACAGACCGGACGACCCAUCCGCGAAAUGCGCGCCCAACUAGCCCGCGUCCCUGAAUGGCUCGAAUACUUUGGUUCCAUUGCCCGGGUACACGAAGGCCGCGUGACGCCCUUCAAGGGUCCCGUCGUGAACACGCUGACUCGGCUCCCGCUGGGCGUGGUGGUGCAGAUCACACCCUAUAAUCAUCCGUUGCUGAUCGCGACAAAGAAGAUCGCCGCCGCCCUGGCGGCCGGGAAUGUGGUGAUCGUGAAGCCGUCGGAGCGGGCACCGCUGUCGGUUCUGAAGCUGGGCGCGCUGUUCCAGGAAGCCGGGCUGCCCGAUGGCGUGUUGCAGAUCGUGAACGGAUACGGGUACGAAACAGGGAAAUACCUCUGCGAGGAUUCCCGACUGGCGAAGAUCGAUCUGACGGGUGGAAUGGGCACGUAUCGUGCCGUGGCGGGCGCUGCGGCAAAGCAUCUCAUACCUAUCACGGCGGAGCUGGGUGGGAAAGCGCCGGUGUGUUUGUUCCAGAGUGUGGAUGUGGAGGUAGCGGUCAAGGCGGCGCUGUUUGCGGGGUUUAUAGCGAGCGGGCAGACGUGCGUUACAGGGAGUCGGUUGCUGGUGCAUGCGGAUAUCUACGAGGCUUUCGCGGCCCUGUUGGAGAAGAGGGUCAGGGCGUUGCGGGUGGGCGAUCCGUUCGAUGGACGUACGCAGAUCGGAGCCGUGAUAUCACAAGAGGCGGCAGGUCGGUGCGCGGCGUUUGUAGAGCGCGCAGUGAACGAGGGAGGGAGAGUGUUAUGCGGUGGUAAAGCGAUGCAGGUGGAUGGGAAAGGCUUUUUCUUCGAGCCGACAAUUAUCGAGACGCGCGCGGAUUCGGACCUCGCGUGCAAUGAGGUCUUCGGACCGGUGAUUGCGCUGCUGAAGUGUGAUUCGGAGGAGGAUAUUGUUCGCGUGGCGAAUGGUACCUCCUUUGCGCUCGGGGCGUCGGUGUGGUCGAAUGAUUUCGCACAGGCGCAUCGCGUAGCGGCGCAGAUCGAGGCGGGCAUUGUCUGGAUCAAUGGGCAUCACUUGAACGAUCCCUCGUCACCGUGGGGUGGGUUCAAGGAAAGUGGUGUGGGGAAGGAGAAUGGGAUAGAGGCGUAUGAGAGCUAUACGAAGGUGAAGAGUACGGUGAUGAACUAUGGAGUGCCGCCGGUGUGGUUUGACGACGAGCCGGAGGGCGCGAGAUAUGGUUAG